AUGUCACAAAGAAUAGGACAAUCUGCUAUUGCAUUAACAAGAGUAUGGCAUCAUGUAGAUGUUGCUGGGGAUAGCAGAACCUUAGGUCGUUUGGCCUCGAGUAUUGCUAUUGCUUUACAAGGUAAACAUAAACCUACAUUCUCAUCGAAUAGAGAUCAUGGAGAUUAUGUUGUAGUAACAAAUUGUUCACAUUUAAAAGUUACUGGGAAUAAAUUAAAAGAUAAAACUUACUGGUCACAUACCACACGUCCAGGGUCAUUAAAUUUAAUACCAAUGGAAAGAAUGAUUGAAAAUAAAGGAUAUGGAGAAGUUUUAAAAAGAGCUGUUAAAGGUAUGAUACCAAAGAAUAAAUUAAGAUUAGCUAGAAUGGAUAGAUUAAAAGUUUUCGAUGGUGAUGAACAUCCUUAUAAACAAAACUUAAUAGCAUUUGCUGAUGAAGCUAAAGAUGUCCAACAAAAGUUAGCUGAUUUAGAAAUCAAAGAAAAGGAAAGGGAAGAACUUCGUAAGAAAUUUUUUGCUAAUUAA